AAGAUAUUGGAUCACAGCAUCAUCAAUCAUCGCAGCCAGUACAUCAUGGAUCAAAUACCUCUCAACUCCGAAGCUUCUCAGGGUGAUACCCACAAGCAAACAACGUCGACGCUUCCGCCAGAUGUCGUUCAAUGCCUUGACAAUGCUCGAUUUCUUCACUUGGCAACAUGCACCGAUAACGUGCCCCAUGUCUCUCUAAUGAACUACACAUAUCUUCCCUCGUCACCUUAUUCUAACUAUCCCGUUAUCAUCAUGACUACGAACCCGGCAUCACGGAAGACCACAAACCUGGUCGCCAACCCCAAUGUAUCCCUUCUUGUCCACGAUUGGGUCUCCCAUCGACCACCUACUCACGGCCGCCGACCAUCUGGUGGUUCUCCUGGCCCAGAGCACCGAUCGAGUCUCGCCUCACUCCUCUUGAACCUCAACACUUCAGCACUCUCUAGCAUCAGUGCAACCAUAGGAGGUGCUGCUCGUCUAGUGCCUAGCGGAACAGAUGAGGAAAAAUAUUACCGCGAGCAGCAUCUGGAGAACAAUACUUUCGAUGAGUCCGCGGCGCAGCCUUUCCAGCGGGACAAUGGACCUGUCGAGGAUGGAGGCCGCAACUGCUUUGUAGCUGGUGAGGAAGUAAGAGUUGUUUCGGUCGAUAUCAAGGAUGUACGCAUUAGCGAUUGGAAGGGCACCGUAAGAGACUGGGCGAUCGUGCCAGAAGGUCACCUAGUCAACGGAACUCAGCAAGAAUGAUCAGGUCGCAAACCCCACAUCCUUUGCCAGAGCCUCAUCAUUGUACUUUAGCAAUCAGUUUUCAAAGAUGAAGUAAGGUACACUAUUGGUUUCGGCAAUUCAAUGUGAUAACAUUGACCACUCUAUUAUUCGCAAGGCACAGGCAUUCCAGGUAGGGUACCAUGAAGAUCAAUUCCUCAAUACCAGUGCCUUUCUCACGCAACGAAGUAAAAGCAGGCAAACAAAAAAAACCACAUCAUAUCGCCCUUCCACCAGGUCAAGUUUUGUGAGCCUCCAGGUUGCCGCAAGGCCAAGCCAGUAUAAAUUUUCCUGAAUCCCAAUCAAUUCCAGCCACCCAACGCCUUUGCAGACAAACAACUGUAAAGACAGAUCAAACAAACUCAUCAGAUAGCAUUUGACGCAUGAAAGACAUGGUCAUUUCACUUCUCAGCCUAGUGUAUGUAGACGACAGGCACAUCAUCGAGCCCACUCAACAACCUCGAGGGCCAUCAUUACCAAAAUAAGAGUAGAGGGAAGAAUCCUGCAUAUGUUAGCGCAAUUCGGGAUGGAUUACACCGAGCAUCAGGUGUCAUGACUUACCAGAUGACAUAGCUCUGGAACAAGAUUCUGCCCAUUGUCUUCUCAAAUACACUGUUGAUUUGACAAAUUUGAGCAAGCUGGAGGGCACUGGGAGCUCCGGUAAGCAAAAAACAAACGAUAACAAAAAUUGGAUCGUCAAGAAUGCUAACGGGUACAUAUUUGGCCAUAAGCGCAAGCAUGGGAGCCAUGAUGGCAGUGGGUAGAACCAUACGGCAAAGAAGUGAGGCAAUAAGUAGUUUGUUGCCAAUGCGCUCUUCCUCAGGGUCUAGAGCCUCGUCUUUAGCCAUGGUAUUACGAGCAAGAUUGGCGCCGAGAACAACAAGGAUCAGUGGGACAGCGACAUCUCCGCUAGAGCGAACGGCGUUGGUCACACUAUUCUGGACGAAAGAGCCCUCCUCAAAGAAGAGUCGUUGAAGAGCCGGGAUAGAGGCAACGAGGAUGGCAAUCAACAUAGCCCAGAGAGGGGGGUUCAUGAAUUCCCAGAUAAAGUUGUUGAAUUUCCCGGCCACUCGCUUCGUGAAUUUCAAGCAAGAUUUGACAGGAGCUGGAGACUUCUGGUACCAGUCGCUGAGGGUUUGGGAUGUUGCCUUUCCAAGACGGAUAAAGGGCGAUUUAAUGGCAGAUUUAGUCCGGUCCGCGAUGCCAGUCGGCUCUUCAUGAUCCUCCAAUGCUGGGACACGGGGGAAGGAAUCCAUGCUACCUUCGUUUCCAUUAAGGGGCGCAACAACAUCCGGUUGUUGUUCGUUAUUCUUGAGAUGCGGCUUUUUGGGCAGAUAUUCGUCAUCGCUAGAGACUGCCAGUGAAACUCUGGAGGCAUUUGCCACAGGAGUACGGCCAGCAGGAUCAUAGUUUUGCGAAUCGAUGCUGUGGCUGUCUCCCUCGUCCUCUGUUUCUCCGUCGAGGCCAUCAAUGAGAGGCGCAUUCUGGUGGUCAUCCUGAUUCUCGUCAUCGUGAUAACGUUGGCCUUCCUCGGCAAUCUCCUCGCGGUACUCGGGGUAUUUAUCCUUAGGGGCAAGAAGGACAUGGUAACCCCAACUCCACCGGACGAGCUGACCAAGCUGCUGGAAGAUAAGGAGGUAGAGAAUACCACGUGCGCCAACUUCGUCAUCGUUAUCGCCAGGAACUUUGUCCCAAUGCAGGCCUUUCAGCGUUUGAGAGAGUGACAAAACAAGGGAGAUAGGUAACGAGUUAGAGUUUCCGAAAACACCCAUCGCUGUAACGAAGUUGGAUGCCCGCCUGUUAAAUCGGAACAGCUUUGCGACGCCAUAUGAUACAGCCCAUGAUACAAACGUUUGGACGACGAAGAUGACCGGUAUGAUAGCGAGAUCGGAUAGCUUCUCAGCGUUAAGCUGGGAGGCGAGCUUGGUGAAAACUGUAGCGAUAUAUUAGUAGACAGUACUGGUUCAGUGCGAAACAACAACAUACUCAAGCAUGGUGUGAAUAGCAUCACAUUUAGAUUAGCCAAGAAUUUCUGCUUCUCGGCAUCAAAGUGUCCAAGUCGCGCAACGAUGUAACCAGGUAGACUGACACAUACUACUUCGAGGACAGCCUCGAACACGAGUAGGCAAAGAUGCCCGAUGGAAGGGUGCGAUUCAUGGGUGUUGGCGAGUGUUUGUAGGGGGAGUUCAUAUGCAUCUUGAGCGAGCUGCGUCAGCCGAAACGACGGAACCGAGAACGAUUUCCAAGAAGCCAUCAAAUAUCAGCAAUGCAGUUGGUGUCGUUGUUUUGGGAGAAUAAUUUAGGGUCGGCGCGAAUUGGGGAGUUCCUUGAUGCUGCUUCUCUCGGCACGCGCGCACGUGGAUAUGAGACGACUGAUAAGACUCUGGAGAAAUUGCACAAAAGCUGAGGGCGCAAAAAAAUCGUCUGGGAGUUUCCGUUGGUAUUUUCAAAGGUAAUGCCUUUUAAUUGUCCAAGUUGAUUGUGCCGUGGGAUGUUAAAAGGAGAAGAAAGUUAAAGAGGCCCAGGUAGUGAUGGCGAAAUCUAAUGAAGAAAACGCAGGGCGAGUGGGUUCGUUUUGGGGCGAGGCGGCGGUGCCGUUGUUAGGUAGAGUAAGUUUAGAGGACGAUGCACGUUGAGACCUCCAUCAUCGAUUGAUAACCCGAGCUAGAUAUAAGCUAUGACAAAAGCCCCAUUAAACUGCCUUGUUUAGGCUCCAUCUACAUCUGAACAUCUCACUCUGGUUACCUCAAUAUGGGGCUUCAGCUCCUUGAGGAACUCUCUGUCUCAUCGCGAUUCACCUGCAACGCUGUCGCUGACAUGGCGCAACAGCUGGACUCUAGCAAGCUUGUGCCAGCACCCUGAUUGAGGUAACCCAACCUACCAUCCAGGCCCAUGCGAUGCUGGCCAUUGAAACCCUCCCAUGUGUGCUGUGGCGCUGGAGCUUGUCCAAAGCCAGGGUUUAGUAGAAUCUUACCUCCAACUAGGAACGGGAUUUGGUUAACAAUGCCACGCGGCAUGGGAGGCGUUAGGGGCAAAUUCUUCGUCGAUAAAGGCUCCCUCUGCCUUUGCACCCAUCCAGAAAUGAUUUCUGCUGCGGUGUCACAAAUGCUGCCGCGUUAGUGGCAUCGAGCAAACAAAUGGGUUGCCCCUGUUGUGUGAUAGCCAGGAGCACGAAACAAACAACAGCAAGCGAUUCUGAAAUGCGCAGAUCCCAUCGUCAGACUCCUCAAAAUUGUUUAAGCCUCCGUGGCUCCACUACCGAGUAGGAAACGAUCCCGCUUACAAGGGUUGUGGGUGGGAGUGAUCUUCAGACGGGCGCGACGCACGAUUCUUUUAAGCGUGGCGCCAAUCUUUCGUCAUGGUGCUAUCGGGCACGUUGCCUAUCCCUCCACGCUGAGAGGCUGGAGGGUCAGGCCAAGAAAGGCACGGAGCAAAAUUGCAGCCCAUCACGUCUCGAUGUUGACAUAGGUAACUGCAACGAGGCUGUGUUACUGGCGAUCGCAUCGUCAGGGUUGUGUGGUAUGUACACUGAUAUCAGAGGCGAAGUCUAUCGAUGCGUAGUCAGUCACGUGAGGCUUUAUGAGAUCAAACCUAACAUUAUGCAGCGAAUAUCAUCGGGAGCACUACCUUAAUGUGCUGGAUUUGUGGAAGUUCGUCAGUACAAUUACAUAGCAGGCUUUUGCUAUGUAUGCUUCCAAUGUUUAGUUACUCUCCCAUCUCCCCUGUCUACCUGUCUACCUGUCUAGCUCCGAACGUAUCCAUAGCAAAACGACCUCACAUCUCCAGCCACCUCGCAUAUAUGCACUUCAAACGGAGCACACGAAGACUUUUGCGUAUCUCAAACAGGGUUUCAUAUUCCAUUUUGACUAUAAUGAAUAUCAAACAUCGCUAUUUUUAUCUCAGGGGAAACUUUACAGCAGCUAGUGUUUUAUUAGCGUUCUUGUGUAGGUACAUUGUAGAGUUGCAAUGAUUCAGGGUUGCUGGUGACUUUUAAAGGGGUCUGUAUCAUAAAGGUUUCGAGCAGUUGUUUCGACGACCUUUUGUUUACGUUGGGAAUUUAGAGUUUGAUACUAUGGUAUGACCUGCAUGGAUAUCGCCCGUGUUUCAAAUUAUGUAAAGGUGAGUUGAGGAUAUAUAUAAUAGCAACUCGAAACAUUAUCGAUGUUUUCCCCGGAGUCUUAAGUCUAUUUCAAGUUGGGCUCGAUAAUCCUCGGAAGCUUUCAGGUUCGGAUAUUCUUACCAGCAUUUUGAGGUCAGGGUCUCUCAGCUCGUUACUAUUUCAGAUAUGGAAUAAGACGCAUGAUAGCUACCUACUUCUCUAUCAGUUGGACUCAAAUUAUCCCAUCGUGUAGCUUGACGAUGACCAUAGGAGAUUCCCAUCCUGCCAAAGGUUAUCUGCCGCGUGGAAAGAUUUGGUUCAUGGAAUAUUGGCAACAAGUGCUACAAGGUUGCCUCGUUGAUCGCCUACCUACCUAGGUACUUGCCUAUAGCGUCGCUUCUGUUCCCAACCUCUCUGAGAAACAUGCGCAUGCAUAGUACCGGUGAAGCUCAUGUUACAUGAAUGCACUCUGGAAGCUGUUCGGUGAAUCCUAACCGGCUUUUCUUGUCGCAAUCAGCCAAAUUUCUAGUAACAACGUCAGCCUCAUCGUAGACAUCUUUCCACUGGUUAUCGGGUUGGAAUCUACCUAACCAACUAAGUUGGGGCC